UGUCCUUAGGUUGCGCGUUACACCCGGACGUAGUUGUGUGCGACAGUAACGUGGAGAUCUGUUUUUAUUAAGUCAGUAAAUCCACUAUCUCUCGGUUUCUUUCAAAUGGCUGCUAAAAGCCAAAUAUGCUCAAUAUGGCUCGGGUCUGAAACUGGAAUAUUAAAAGGGGUAAGUUUAACCAAAAAGCAGGCGUUUAACUUUUGUGAGAUGAGCUGCUUGAGUCGAGAUCAGGAGGUGUGUGUGAUGGCGUGGGGAGACCCUCACGAGUCAGAGGUGUUAGUGGGCAGUGUGAACGGCACUGUGAAGACUUUCAGCACAGACAAGGGAAUCUUCACAGCGAGCAGAGAGUGUGGAGAUCCUUCACAGGGCAGAUUCACAGGACUGGCUGUCACUGACAGUUCAAUGAUUACAUGUGUGGAGUCAGGACUGCUGAAGGUUUGGAAGGAAGGAAGCACAGAAACCGUUGAGGUAAAUGUUGGAAAUGGAGUAUGCAGAAUGCAACAGAACCAAUCACAGCGCCAUCAUGUGGCCACAGGGGGUAAAGAGAACCCACUGAAAGUCUGGGAUCUAGAGAGACCAGAUAAGCCAAUAUUCACAGCCAAAAAUGUUGCUCAUGACUGGUUGGAUAUGCGAGUGCCCGUGUGGGUGAGAGACAUUGGCUUCAUCCCAGAUUCAGAUAAAAUAGUCACAUGCACUGGACACCAUCAGGUGCGUGUGUAUGACCCCUCGACGCCUCAGAGAAGGCCGGUGUUGGAGGCUCAGUUCGGAGAGUACCCGCUCACAGCACUCUCUCUUCCUGCCAGCCAGGGCACAGUGGUCGUGGGCAACACUCACGGGGAGCUCGCCAUCCUUGACCUCCGGAAAGGGCUUGUGUGUGGGUGUCUUAAGGGUCUGGCAGGGGCAGUGCGGGGGCUGCAGUGCCAUCCUUCCCUCCCAUUGGUGGCCUCUUGUGGUUUAGAUCGUUUUCUGAGAGUACACAGCCUGGAGGACCGGUCCUUACAGCACAAGGUAUAUCUGAAGUCACGACUCAAUUGCGUACUGCUGUCUAGCAGAGAACUGGAGUCAUCAAAUGCUGAUGUUAGUGGAGAUGUAGAAGAGGUGAAAGCAGAGGAAGAUGAGGUUUGGGAUACCAUGGAAACAGUGACGGAGAAGGCAAAAAAGAGGGCCGCCCAGAAAGACGAAGCAACUGUUACUGGAGUAGAUGCAAACAAAGAAAAGAAAGCUAGUAAAAAAAAAAAAAAGUGAUGUAAAGUGAUUUCUAAUGGACAUUUUUAUAAUUUUAUACACAGUUUAUCAUGUCAUCAGUAAAGCUGCAUCAGCAGUGGCCAAGAAGAAACUUAAGCCUGAGAGACUGACUGUAUAAUAUGGAUAUAUAUUAAUAGGUGCAGAUCGUUAUUUUUGCCCAUAAAGUGAAUUUACAAAUGAGAUGAUCUAAAAUGUGAUAUUCAAAUUACAUUUUAAAUGUGUAAAAAAAAACUCAAGUUUAUGUGAAAACGAUCACUGUAUUAAACACAAUUUAAUGAAGAGUCUGUAUAUCAUAAACACAGAAUCUUUCAAAAACAUGUUUUCAUCGUUUUCUGGCAAUCAACUGACUUGAUUUAACAUGUAUCACUAAAC